UAUCCAUCAUUUCGUAUCCACUGUAGUCGAAGCAAAAAGAAGCAAGCAAGCAGAAGUGGAGAAUGGCGCUCGCCCUCUCCUCCCUAAUCCCAUCCUUCUCUGCUCUAUCCUUCUCUUCUAACAUCUCCUCAAAGCCACAGACCCUCUCGGUGUCUAGAUCUCGCCUCCUCUCCGAUGCGUCGCCUCUGCGGAAGCGCUUAUCCCACUCCGCGACAGUCGCCUCCUCCGCAUCUAUGGCCGCUGCCUCCAUCUCUCCGGUUCCCUACCUUGAGGGAAUGAGCCUGGAGAAGUACGUGAAGUCGAGGCUUCCUGGAGGGUUCGCUGCCCAGAAGAUAAUCGGAACCGGGAGGAGGAAGUGCGCCAUCGCUCGCGUCGUCCUUCAAGAGGGCACGGGCAAGUUCGUCAUCAAUUACCGUGAUGCCAAGGAAUAUCUUCAAGGCAACCCUUUAUGGUUGCAGUACAUACGCACCCCUUUGGUCACACUUGGGUAUGAGACCAACUAUGAUGUGUUCAUCAAAGCUCACGGGGGCGGGCUUUCAGGUCAGGCGCAGGCAAUUUCUCUUGGGAUUGCCCGCGCUUUGCUCAAGAUUAGCGAAAACCAUCGGGCUCCUCUGAGAAAGGAAGGUCUUCUCACCAGAGAUUCUCGAGUUGUUGAAAGGAAAAAAGUUGGACUGAAGAAGGCUAGAAAAGCACCGCAAUAUUCGAAACGUUAAGGCUAAUCAAGCGAUGCUUUUUCUGCUAUGCUGUUCAUCUACUGCUUCAAUCAUUUUGUUUCCUUCUGGUUUUUAGCCGUUGGGUUUGUAAAGUUGUGCCCUUUGGAGCUUAAAAUGGACCUUGUUCAUGGAGUUAAACAAAAAAAAAAAAAAAAA